GAGUAUUUUCAGCGCAGUGGGGUGGAGGGGAGACACACUGGGAUGCAAGACCACUUCCUCAGCGUGUUUGACAAGAUCAGAGCAGCGUGUCACUGUGCGACGCGCUCAGUGAUUUGUUAUUGCCAUGUUUGAUUUAUAAGCGUGUUUCUGACCACAUGGAGACAGGGGGGGAGCAGGCGCUGCAGUGCUCCAGCAUAGGAGCCGAGCAGGGCAUCAACACCUGGGUGGAGGGCACACUGGUAUCUGUGGACCACGCUAUGCUUGGAGUGGGUGACUGCGCCGGGGUACCAGAGGACAGCCGGCCCAACAGCGUUUUUAAGAAACAUCAGCAUAAACACAACCUGAGACACCGGUAUGAACUGCUAGAGACGCUGGGCAGAGGAACAUACGGCAAAGUGAAGCGGGCCCUGGAGAAACACACUGGUAUGGAGGUGGCAAUCAAGUCCAUCAGGAAGGAGAAGAUAAAGGACAUGCAGGACAUGGUUCACAUCAGGAGGGAGAUAGAGAUCAUGUCCGCGCUACAGCACCCACACAUCAUCUCCAUCUAUGAAGUGUUUGAGAACAAGGAUAAGAUCGUGAUAGUGAUGGAGUAUGCCAGUAAAGGAGAGCUAUACGACUAUGUCAGCGAGAGACAGCGUCUCAGCGAGAGAGAGACCAGACAUUUCUUCAGACAGAUCGUCUCUGCAGUCCAUCACCUUCACAAGAAUGGGGUGGUUCACAGGGAUUUGAAACUUGAAAAUGUUCUUCUGGAUGAAAACUAUAACAUCAAGAUUGCAGACUUUGGUCUUUCUAACCUGUACCAUAAAGACAAGCUGCUACAAACCUUCUGCGGUAGUCCUCUCUACGCUUCUCCAGAGAUUGUCAAUGGGUGGCCCUAUCAUGGCCCAGAGGUGGACAGCUGGGCUCUUGGGGUUCUCCUCUACACCCUGGUGUAUGGAACCAUGCCUUUUGAUGGAGGAGAUCACAUGAAACUCAUACAACAAAUUAGCAAUGGGGAGUACAGAGAACCCACUCAAUCAUCAGAUGCUCGUGGCCUGAUCCGCUGGAUGCUGAUGGUGAACCCCAAACGGCGGGCAACAGUAGAAGACAUAGCCAACCACUGGUGGGUCAACUUGGGUUGGAAGACCAGUGUUUGUGACUGCAAGAGCCAGCAGAACCAGGGCUCGCCAGUGCUAGCCCGCUUCACUGACUGGCAGAAUCGCACUGCCAACACCGAGUGUACACCACAGCCUGUGCCCCCCCACACAGGUUGUCCAAGAUCAAAAAAAUCUGAGAAGAAGAAUGAAAGUGAAAUCCAUCAAGUAAGUUCAGUGGGGGAAGACAAACAAAGGCAUAAGAGGCCCAAGGGGAUCCUGAAGAUCCGAGUUCCUGACCAAAGGUCUAAAAGUCUGGGGGAGCUAGAGUUAAGGCAGUCUCUGUACUUUUACGAUGAAGGGGUCACUUUUAGCAGUGAUGGGAAAGGAAGAGCAGGGAUCGAAGAAGAGGAUGAGAAUGAAGGUGAGAUCUGGGCGGGUGGGUCUCCGGCUAAGAUAGUUCCUACCCUUCCGAAGAAGGGCAUUCUUAAGAAAAGCCAGCAGCAUCAGAGAGAGUCCGGUUAUCACUCAUCUCCUGAAUGUAGCAAAUUGUCUGAGCUGUUUGGAGGCAGCGCUGCUCUGAUGCCCCCACCAACCAGUUCACCAGCAAAGAGGCCUGUAGGAAGAAGGGGCAUUUUGAAAUGCAAUGGGAGGUUCUCCCCAUCCAUCCAAGGGCGAGAUCCACUUCCUCCUUCAGUACCAUUCCACUCUGAGGGAAGUAACAGUGGUAACUCUGGCCUUUCUCGCAGCCAAAGCCGACCAUCCAGCAUCAUCUCAGAGAUCAGCCUGUCCAGCAUUUCAUCUGUGGACUCAGGCUGGUCCUUAAGUUCUCCCCAGCCCAGCAUCCGGGCCUGCAUGUCAGCUGAAGAUCUCCUCCAGUUAGCAGCCCACAGAGGCCUCAAGGCUGUUCCAGGACCACUGUAUUGUGGGAGGGUGACUGACCUGACCCCUCCUUCCCCUGAAGAGAAUGGUAGCUUCUCUCUGCUAGAGGACAUGGAUGAUGUGACCCAGUUCUACCAGAAGUCACUAGACAUCACUUGUACAAUGACUGAACCUUAG